GAGAAACGUCGAGAGCUUCCUUCCCGCCGAAUGCGCAGCUGUUCACCGCGGGUGGCCUUGUCGCCUCACGACUCUCCGAGCAGGCAUGCAGAGAAAACGCGGCAACAGUCGUGUAGUACACACACAGACACGACGCAUCGGCGGGCGACUGUGUAAUGCUUCUCGUUAAUAACAGUUCUCCACGGAGCAAGGUGCUCAUUGCAAGCCGCCUAUCGUCCGCAGCUAUUUGGCUGCCGCUGCGUCCAGACGAGCAGCCGUCGCGAAGCGAAGAUGGUCCGCGCAGUGCGGUCACUUCUUUGUUUAUUGCUCCUGCCGCUGACGGCAUUGGGAUCAUGGCAGACGCCGGUUGUGUCGAGUUGCUUUGGAGCUGACGGCAGCACUUAUCCGGUUCGGUUCAGUGCAGUGAGGGUAUCGAACGCCAUUUAUGGUCAGGACAUGACUAUGACGUUCACAAUAACAAGCGACGACGAGCUCGGCGACCAGCCAACGGCGACGAUAGACGUGCUGAAGCCCUCCGCCUACGAUAGGUCCUGCCAGAAAAACUUCGGUUCGUGUGAAUAUCCUAUGUGUGACCUGUCUGGAAACAGGGAAUCUAAUGACUUGAUGGAUUCCAUGGACACAGAAUGUCCGAUUCACCCUGGCGUGUACACAGUGACAAUCACAGCGACCGUGCCAAGUGCGGUGGACCUUAGGAAACGCUUCAAGACUUGCAGAGGCGACGAGGAAGGAGAUGAGGCUGUCUGUUUGGCUAAAGCCACAGAGCAUAAUGCAGAAAAAUUGCGCAAGCUACAACAGCUAAGGGGAAACUCGUGGUUUCUUGAAAACCGGGAAUAUUUGUUUACAACCCCUCAUAUGUCUUCAAAAAACAGUGUCCUUCCUGUCCUGCUGACUCUGCAGAAUGGUGGGCAACCAGUCGGAUGCAACGUCUUCUAUAUGACCAUCUCGGAGUAGGGGCUUUACUACAUUGAACGAAUACGAAGAUACUGCCUUCCUCUGUUCAAAUCACCUAUAGCAUCCAAGCUGUAGUCACAGUGUACACAUUUUUGUACGUCAUUUGUUUUCACCAUUUCUGUGCAGUAGUGACGAGAAGAAAGACAGACAUUGAGCGUGGGUCAAAUGAUCUCUCUACUUGUCUAAUGUGACUUCAGCUUCCAAUAAAAAUGUCCAGCUUUGUA